AUGACAGAUAAUAACAAUAAUAAUAGUAUUGAUCAUACAAAGAAUAUAUUGUUAGAUAAACAUAUUCAAUAUGUUAUAAAUUUAGAUAAUAAGAAAGAGGAAGACUUUGAAUAUUGGUUGAGUGAACACCUCAGAAUGAAUGGAAUGUAUUGGGGUCUCACUACACUAUAUAUGUUGAAUGCAAUCGACAUGAUGAAUAGAGAUGAAAUUAUAAAUUGGGUGUUAUCUUGUCAGAAACCUAACGGUGGUUUCUCUGGUAAUGUUACACAUGAUGAACAUCUUCUCUCGACAUUGAGUGCUGUACAAAUAUUAUUAGAGUUGGAUGCUAUCGAUAGAAUCAAUGUAGAAUCUGUUGUAAAUUAUGUUGUUGGAUUGCAACAAGAGGAUGGUUCGUUCUUUGGUGAUAAAUGGGGUGAAGUAGAUACUAGAUUCUCAUACUGUGCAGUGUCGUGUCUCUCCCUGCUUGGUCAACUGCAUCGUGUUAACUUGGAGACAGCUGCAAAGUUUAUAGAUAGUUGCAAGAAUUUCGAUGCCGGCUACGGUUCUAUACCAGGUGCAGAGUCACAUGCUGGUCAGACAUUUACAUGUGUUGGUGCACUUGCAAUUAUCAAUAGAUUGGAUUUGGUAGAUGCCGAUCAGUUGGGUUGGUGGUUGUGCGAAAGACAAUUGCCAAACGGUGGAUUGAACGGUCGUCCUGAGAAGUCGUCGGAUGUAUGUUACUCUUGGUGGGUUCUCUCUGCACUGUCUAUUAUCGAUCGUCUACACUGGAUCGACAAUGAGAAACUUAAAUCAUACAUUUUGAAAUGUCAAGAUAAUGAAACAGGUGGAAUUGCAGAUAAACCAGGUAAUGUACCAGAUGUAUUCCACACUUUUUUUGGAAUGAUCGAUCCUGCAUAUGCGUUGGGAACAAAGACUCUUUUGAAAUAUGAUAAUAAUGAUGAUUUGUUUAAACAACAACAUAUUAUUAAUAAUGAUAAAGAAAAUAUUUUAAUUAAAAAUAUUAAAAAGAAAGAUAAUGAUGAUUAUUAUAUUGAUAAUGAUAUUAUUUUUGAAAAAGUAAAAGUAAAAGAAGAAGGAGAAGACGAUAAUGAUGAUUUAUAUUCAUCUUCAGGAUCAGAGAUAUCGUUAGAUGACGAAUCGAUCUCAGAGCAGUAUGAAGAUGAGAUAUCUACGGAUCACUCAGAGUCGACUGCAGAGACUAUUGUUUUGACGAAAUCGACGAUUGUAAAUGGACUGAAUGGAAUUGGUAUCGAUACCAAUGGUAUUAACGGCAAUAACAAUGGCAUCAACAACAACAGCACUCCUGAAGAUCUUGAAAAGGUGUUAAAUCUAAUUGACUCGGCCAAGGAGAUCGUUGCACAGAAGCGUAUCAUGUUGAAGAUGCUGCUGACAGAGAAUUUCUUUAACAAUGGUGGUAGCAUCGAUUCCAACAAGCUGUUUGCAUUCAUCAAGAAUAUCAUGUCGGUUGAGAUGGAAGGACUGUCGCCUGGCAUCAUUAAAUCUCAGCAAUUCAAAGAUAUCUUUAUUGACCACUACCGGAGUAUCUUUAAGCAAGCAUUGUCAAUGACUAAUCUCGAUACGCUGUUGCUUGAUAAUGGCAGUUCAGUUGGGUCGGCCCUGACUCUUGCCGGUGCCGGCGUCUCGCCACUGACGCCAACGAUUGGCGGCAACCGAUACCGCAAUGAGUUUAAAGAGGUGUCGAAGCUUGGACACGGUGGAUUCGGUACGGUUGUACUCUCACGAAACCUACUGGAUAAUGCACUGUACGCAGUGAAGCGCAUCAAUUUCACACUGAAUCUCGACUCGCCAAUGGUGAGCAACAAGAUCGAGAAGGUGAUGCGCGAGGUCAAGGCAUUGGCGCGACUUGACCACAAGAAUAUUCUGCGAUACUAUCACGCAUGGAUCGAGUUAAACAAUCAGCAUAUCGACAUAUCACCAACGCAGCUCAGCUCAGUCGAAGGCAGUUUCGAAACGAAAGACAACCUAUCAAGUAGCAUCGCCGAGGAGUUUUCAAUAACAAACAACGACUUUGAUGAGGAAGACGACGACGACGACAACUUUUCAAACACAACACUCUCAGCAUCUACAUCGGCAUCAACAACAGCGAAAUUCGAAGAUUACGACGAAAGUAUAUCAUUUAAUAAUAACUAUCAUAACUCUAUCAUUCCAUACAAUUCAAAACAACAGAACAACAAUAAUAAUCUUCAUCGUAAUUUAAAUAGAAGUUUUAAUAAUAUAGCGAAUAAUCAUCACAAUCAUCAUAAUCAAUAUCAACAACAUAAUCAUCAUCAUAAUCAUAAUCAUAAUCAUAAUCAUAAUCAAUCACACAGCAGAGUCAAAUACACUCUUUAUGUACAAACACAAUAUUGCGAAGGUAGAACACUACGCGAUUGGUUGGAUAAUACAAAUUCGAAUCGAUCGACACAAACUAUCCUUUCGAUAUUCAAACAGAUUCUCUCUGGAUUAAAUUAUAUUCAUUCAAUGGGAAUGGUACAUAGAGACAUUAAACCACAGAAUAUAUUUCUAACAGGAGAUCUCAUAGUAAAGAUUGGUGACUUUGGACUUGUAAAAGAUAUUCCUUUAUCAACACUUGGCAAAGAUAACAACAAUAAUAGUAAUAAUAAUAAUAAUAAUAGCAGUAAUGGUGGUGCUGGUGCUACAACCGAUACAUCUAAUGUCGACAACAAUCUAUACAAAACAACCAAUAAUAUAAAUAGCAAUGCAACUUUACAGAGCUCACUCACUGGCUUGCUUACAGGAGAUAACAAUCAUGAUAGAAUCAAUGAUGCAAACAACUACUCUCAUAUCAUGUUACACAACUCACUACGCAGUAUCGUCAGUAACAACACACACGGCGUUGGCACCCUUACCUAUGCCAGUCCCGAACAGCUUGCAGGUAGUGACUACUCAAACAAAGUCGAUAUCUACAGUCUUGGUAUCAUCUUCUUUGAACUGAUCUAUCCAUUCAACACGCAAUCCGAAAGAAUCGAGGUUAUCAAGAAUCUAAAACAAGGAGUUCUACCUGAGGAGGUUAGAAAAAAGUAUCCAAAAGAAUAUGAAUUCAUCAUGAGAAUGGUAUCGGUGAAUCCAGACAACAGACCAUCAACGCAAGAGAUCAUUACAAACUAUCUACCAUAUUUAUUAAAAGAUAACAAUUUACAAAAUCAACAACAACAACAUUAUUAUCAAACCAAUAGUAAUAACACCAUCAGUAAUAGUAAAAACCACAAUCAUAAUAAUAUAAGUUCAUCAAAGAAUAAUAUGAACAGAUAUACAAUUAUAACAUUGGUAUUAUGUUUGCAAGUAAUUUCCGCUAUGCAAGAUUUCCAAGAUUAUGAAUUAGAUGGAGAACAAUGUGUUAACUAUCAUCACAAUUUCUCAGUCCUCUUCAUUCCGAUUCCACAUAUCGAAUAUCUUAUCAGUGAAGAUAAAGCAACAACUCCUUUCAUUUACACUGGAAACGUUUCUAUUGUGAAUAUAAUUUUAAAUGCUGUUAGUUACAAAACCGAGAUUGGAUAUCAAUCUUCAGAAUUUGAUUUUGAAGAGAUAACCUCUCAAAACUCAUAUGGUGAUCAAUCAUUUGACAAUCUCUCAUUUAAAGUGCCAGUUGGUGCCACACCUGUAGCCAGAAUCUAUUGCCGUGGCUGUUCUUCAGAAUCAAUCAUUCAAUAUGAAGAAAGAGAAUGA